AUGGCGAGUACCGCAACUUCGCCCAGCUUUCAGAAGCCCAAUUCCGUGACGGUCAAAGGAUUCAAGAUCAGCACUCAGAAACUGCCAAUACUCAAGGCGGAUCCAAUUGAGGAAAUGACGAAAGAACUAGGAAUAACCCCACCAGAAAUGAUUUUCGGUGACAAUUUUGUUGCGAUUGAACAUGAACAAAGCCCGUGGGGCAUAGCUUUCAACGCCUUCGACGCCUUAGAUCGUGUGGACAAAACUGGUACAUCGAUGCUCAAAGUCGCGUACUCGAGAGAAUGGCAGAAGAGCAGGGAGAAGACUCACGAAGGAAUCAAAGAAGUUGUCAAACCUUUCGAUUGGUCUUACACUACGGACUACGCGGGCACAGUGAAACCUGGGAGUCGGCCUUUCACAGCAACAACGAAGCCCAUUCCUAUCGAACUGUUGAAGCGGCCAGACCCUAUCUUGUUUUAUGACGACGUCAUUCUUUACGAGGAUGAACUUGCUGAUAACGGCAUUACUAUGUUUUCAUGCAAGAUCCGAGUCAUGCCAUCUAGGCUGCUUCUCCUUGCGAGGUUCUUCAUGCGGCUAGACAACGUUCUGUUCCGGCUUCGGGACACGAGAGUCUACGUUGACUUCGAUGAGAUGGAGAUCAUCAGAGAAUAUCAGUCUAGAGAAUGUGAAUAUGAGGCGGUAAGACGGACCUUAGCAGCGACCAGAGACGAUGUGCCGGCCGUCAUGAGAGACCCUAAUAGGCUUUCGGAAAUCCUCCCGCUUGUCGAAAAGCGCUUAGAGAGGGUGGCUCUCAAUGAAUGA